AUGGACAAAACUCAUAAACUUGCAGUUUUCAUUUCAAUGUGUGCAUUUAUUUUUAGUAUAUUCUUCACAAUCAUCUCCGGAUGUUCCGAGUAUUGGGCUCGAGCCGAAGUGAUUGACACAAGAAAGUUUCGACAUGCCGGCGCUGUUCACUCUGGAAUUUUUGCGGGAAAUCGAGAAAUAGACUUUGGACAAGGAGCAGUCAACACUCGUUUCACUGUAUUCAACGAACUUCAAGAUGGAACAUCUUUCUUUUCUCGAACUGUUUGGAUUUUCUUUUUGUUCUUUGAAUCAAUGUCUCUAAUUUGGUCAAUGAUUGGAGUGGUUACUUGCGUGUUUUCCAUGACUUCGUUGGCUUUGGAUAUAUCAGUUGCCGGUCCAAAUGGAAUAUACCUAUGGAGUUUGUUAUCAUCUGUGUCACAUGGUGGAGCUUUGGCACUUUUCUACUCCCAAUUCCAAUCGAGUUUCAAAACUACAAUGCUUCUUGAAGAACAACACGACAUUGGAUUUACCACUUUCAAUCAAGCCAGUCUUUCCUAUGCUUUUUAUAUGUCCCUUUGUGCUCUUUUCGCUCUCUAUAUCCCCCCGUUAACAUUGGUUGUUUUUACUGAAAAGUUUAUUCAUAGUAGGUCAAAGACUCCAACCAACUUUGAUCCUACUCUAAUGCUGUAUUGA